AUGUUCACCUGGUGGAUCUCGUGGCUAUGGGCGUGGCUUCUGUGGUGGUCCUGGGCGUCCCCCAUCGCCGUCGUGGACGGAGCCUGGGCGGCUAGAAUGGUCCAGGAGGAAGCCGUUGCCGCGGCGGCGCCCGCGGCCGCAGCUCCCGCCGCCGGCGGCGGCAGCAGCAGCAGCGCCGCGCCUAGCAAGGAAGGUGGCGACGGGAAAAAUAAGGACGUGGAGUUCGGCGGGGGUAUGGGAGGGUCCGCCAUCGAGAACCCGGGUCUGGAGGGGCACCAGUACUUCGCCACUCAGCCCAGUACCCAGACGGCGGUCGUGGGGUCUACGGUCGUCAUGCCCUGCAGAGUUAUCAAUAAAGUGGGCCAUCUUCAGUGGACCAAAGAUGGUUUCGGGUUGGGUACCGAGAGAGAUCUCUACGGUUUCUCCCGGUACGCCAUGAUCGGCUCAGACGAUGAAGGGGACUUCAGCCUGCGGAUCCAACCCGUGCUCUUGUCGGACGACGGCCUAUUCCAGUGCCAAGUUUCGGCAGGAGAGGGCAUCCCGGGCAUAAGGUCGACCGCUGCCCGACUCACUAUCUACAUGCCCCCUGAUCCGCCCGUCGUCGAGCCCUCGGAAGUCACCACGACGGCCGGUAUGACCAUCCACAUCAACUGCACCAGUUCCGGAGGGCGUCCCGCUCCUGAGAUUCAGUGGGUUGACGACAGCACCCGGGAGACCAUCAGGACGGGGGCCGUCCAGUACACAGAGAAAUACCCCGACAGGAAGCGGGUGACGGUGACGUCACACCUGACCUUCACCCCUCGGAGGUCACAUCACAAUUCUACCCUCACCUGCCUUACCUCCAACCAAGCCCUCACCUCUCCGCUGGCCGGCAAAGUCCACCUACAAGUGCUCUUCCCUCCAGAGGUCAAACUCCAGUCUCGACCCAAAGCGCUCCUGGAGGGGGACGGGGUGUCCUUCUCCUGUUCAGCGCACGCUAAUCCUAAUAAGCUGACGUACAGGUGGUUUCGCAACACCCACCAGUUAAGGAACGAGAGUUCCAGAUCCCUCACGCUGCGGAACGUUUCUCGAACGUUCCACCAGGACACCAUAUCCUGCGAGGUAUCGAACAGCGUGGGCACUUCGAAAAAGAGCAUCAGCAUACAGGUGAUGUACGGUCCGCUCUUCCGCUCCCCUCCGGCGGACGUGGCCGCCGAGACGGGCAAGAAGGCCCGCUUGGAGUGUGACGUCGAUUCGAACCCGCCGCCGGUCAUCAGCUGGUAUCAACAAGGCAACCUUCAGGUCAUAGCGAAGGGGCGAGAGUACGAGGUGAUCGUCGCGCCCUCCACGGCGGGAGUGUACAUCUGCGUCGCCUCCGUCAGAGGGUUCUCCGAGCUGCAAGGUCGAGUCCGGGUCCUGGUGAAGGGGCCGCCCCAGAUCGUGAGCUCCGGCGAGCAGCAGGGGCGCAUGGGGGACACGGUGACCUUGGAAUGCACUACGGUCUCCAUCCCGACGCCCCUCAGGAUCACCUGGACCUACAGAGGGAGAGAGAUAGAUCUCGGUGACCCUCGGUACGAAGUUCAGGAAGAGAGACAGGACGAUGCCCUUCGGAACCUGCUGGUGAUCCACGACGCGGAGACGCAGGACUUCGGGCCCUACAACUGCUCCGUGGUGAAUGAGUACGGUGUGGCUCGCAAGCUCAUCUUCCUACACAAGGAGAAAACGGUUCCAGUCCUCUUCUUAGUAUGUGGCUUUCUGGCACUGAUCGUUGUGGCAGUGAUAGUGGCAUCGUUGGUCCUUUGCAAUAAGAGACACACCAGUGGUAAAGGCUCUCCAUUACCUGAGAAAUCUCCUGGUGGCACACUCGUUUCGGGUCCUCCUGUUGUCAACAUGUACGAGGCGCCUUCAGACACUAAUCUCUCCAACGACCUCUCCCUCACGCCCACUCACCGCAUGUACCACCAGCUGACUCCAACCCCCGACGAAAAUGUUCGCGCCGCCCACACCCUCAACACUUUGGUCACAGACUCCCCUCACAAAUCUAUUCCAGAACCUGAGAGUAACGGUGGCACCGCUCUCACCUUCCUUGAAUUCACCGGCGGGCGAGAGUACACUGCCCUUCCCAAUGGCCGCCGAGCUUCCGUGAACGACCUGGGCCCCAGCGCCAUCAUCCCCACGACAGGAUCACCCAACACCUCGACAGAAUUCUGCACCAUCAGGAGAGGAACCAGAGCCAUCGACGUGGGCGCUAAGAACGGGAGGCCCCUGAUGAACAACUACGCCGACAUCCCAAUAGUGCCGCCUAUCUUGCCCCACAAUGGCACUGCCCAUCCACCGAAUCCCCGGCACUCCACUUACUCGUUAACGAGUAAAGGCAACUUCGGGUCCCCACCGCCGCCCCCGUACUCAAGAGGGACUAAAAUAGGCUCCCCAAGGGGAUCCUCCUCCCCUACAGGAUCGGCCACGCCCACAAUCGCCAGCUCUGGGGUCCACACAGACGAUGGGGCGUCUCCCGAGGCCAAGUACAUCUUCUCUCCUGAGGCCAUGAUGAAACCUGGCACUCUCGUGUGACCCCAUUCAUCGAAGGCCAGGCCUUAGAUCCUCCUCCUCCUCCGUAGUUGUGAUUUUAACAUUUUACAAAAAAGUAAAAACUUAAGCUGUGAAGUUUAUAUAGUCUUAAUUUGAUCAGAUCUCGCAUCUUCGCUUUCGGGAAGUUUUGCAGCAGUUGAAAGCUGUACAACACAAGCCCCUCUUCGAAGAGCAGGCGAAGAAGACGACGACGUUGUGUACAGCCUG